AUGGCAAUGGCAAAUAACAAAACACUAUGUUUUACAUGUAAUAAAGAUAAAAUAACAUAUCCUUGUAAAGGAUGUUUAAAAGAAUUUUGUUUAACACACUUAACAGAACAUCAACAAAUAUUAAAUGAACAAUUAAAUGAUAUUAUUAAUGUUUAUGAUCAAUUUAAACAGACAAUUAAUGAACAAAAACAAAAUUCACAAAAUGAUUUAUUAAUAAACCAAAUUAAUCGAUGGGAAAAAAAUUCGAUUGAAAUAAUACAACAAAAAGCACAAGAGUGUAGAAGAAUUCUAAUUGAAUAUUCACCAACAUUCUUUAAUGACAUUGAAAAGAAAUUUAAUGAUUUAUCUGAACAAAUAAAAGAAAUUCAUAGCGAAAAUGAAUUUAAUGAAAUUGAUUUAAAUAAUUUAAAAAAACAAUUAAUAGAAAUUACAGAAGAAUUAAAUAAUCGAUCAAAUAUUUCUAUUCAAGAAGAUUCGCAAUCAUUUAUUAAUAAAAUUUCAAUUAUUUUAUCAAAAAAACCAAAAUUCAACAAAUGGAAACAAAAUGCCAUCACUGUGGCUGGUGGAAAUGAAGAAGGAGAAGGAUUAAAUCAACUCGAUUACCCUGAUGGAAUCUUCAUUGAUGAAAAGAAAAAUAUUUUCAUUGCUGAUUGUGAGAAUCAUCGUAUUGUUGAAUGGAAAUAUAAUGCAAAACAAGGACAGAUUAUUGCAGGUGGAAAUGAAAAAGGAAAUCGAAUGAAUCAACUGAAUCGACCAACACAUAUGAUUGUUGAUCAACAAGAUCAUUCGAUCAUCAUUGCUGAUCGCGACAACAGACGAGUGAUUCGAUGGUUGAAUCAAAAUCAACAAGUUCUCAUUAAGAAUAUUGAGUGUUAUAGUUUGGCAAUGGAUAAAAAUAGAUUUCUUUAUGUUUCUGAUACUGAAAAGAGUGAAGUGAAACGAUGGAAAAUGGGAGAAUAUGACAAUGAAGGAAUUGUAGUGGCAGGUGGAAAUGGAAGAGGAGAUCAACUCAAUCAAUUCCAUCAUCCUAAUUGUAUCUUUAUUGAUGAAGAUGAAUCUGUUUAUGUAUCAGAUCGAAAGAAUGAUCGUGUGAUGAAAUGGAGAAAAGAUGCAAAAGAAGGAACAAUUGUGGCCGGAGGAAAUAGUAAAGGAGCAAACCUCAACCAAUUGUUUGGACCUCAAGGAAUUAUUGUUGAUGAUUUGAGUCAAAUCUAUGUGGCGGAUUGUUGGAAUGAUCGAGUAAUGCGUUGGUGUGAAGGAAAAGGUGAAAUUGUUGUUGGUGGGAAUAAAAGAGGAAAUCAAUCAAAUCAAUUGAAUCGUCCAUGUGGUUUAUCUUUUGAUGAUGAAGGAAAUCUUUAUGUUGUUGAUUUGUUUAAUCAUCGAAUUGAAAAAUUUGAAAUAAUUUUGUGA